GGUAAGCUUUGUCCAUGGUGGAGUAGGUCCUGCGGGAUCCUGCGCUGGGUCUCCGACAUGCGGACCCAGUUGCUCUGGGACUGGAGCCCGAGCCAGCCCGCUGAGGCAGAAUGUGAAAGAACAGCGCAAUCACCGAACUCUGCCGCUGCGCCAGCAAGUCCUGGGCGGACCCCUCUGAACCAGGUGUUACCAUGGUGAUGGCUGUGCAGGACAACAUGGUUCAGGUGGUGGUGCGGGUGCGACCCCCCACCUCUCGGGAGUUGGAGAGUCAGCGGUGGCCUGUGGUUCAAGUGGUGGAUGAGCGGGUGCUGGUGUUUGACCCUGAGGAACCUGAUGGGGGCCUCAAAUGGGGUGGUACUCAUGACGGCCCCAAGAAGAAGGGCAAGGACCUGACAUUUGUCUUCGACCGGGUCUUUGGUGAGAAGGCCACCCAACAGGACAUGUUCCAGCACACCACGUGCAGAAUCCUGGACAGCUUCCUCCAGGGCUACAACUGUUCAGUGUUUGCCUAUGGGGCUACUGGGGCUGGGAAGACACACACCAUGCUGGGAAAGGAGGGGGACCCUGGCAUCGUGUACCUGACCACCAUGGAACUGUACAGGCGUUUUGAGGCCUGCCAGGAGGAGAAGCAAUUCGAGGUGCUCAUCAGCUACCUGGAGGUGUACAAUGAACAGAUCCAUGACCUCCUGGAGCCCAAGGGACCCCUAAUCAUCCGUGAGGACCCUGACAAGGGCGUGGUGGUGCAAGGACUUUCUUUCCACCAGCCAGCCUCAGCUGAGCAGCUUCUGAAGAUGCUGACCAGGGGGAACCACAACCGCACCGAGCACCCCACAGAUGCCAAUGCUACUUCCUCCCGCUCCCAUGCCAUCUUCCAGAUCUUUGUAAAGCAACAGGACCGAGUCCCAGGACUCACUCAGGCCCUGCAGGUGGCCAAGAUGAGCCUGAUUGACCUGGCUGGCUCAGAGCGGUCAUCCAGUAGCGGUGCCAAGGGGGAGCGACUGCGGGAGGGUGCCAACAUCAACCGUUCUUUGCUGGCCCUCAUCAAUGUCCUCAAUGCCCUGGUGGAUGCAAAGGGCCGCAAGUCUCACGUGCCCUACCGAGACAGCAAACUGACCCGCCUGCUGAAGGACUCCAUUGGGGGCAACUGUCGCACAGUGAUGAUUGCUGCCAUCAGCCCCUCUAGCCUGGCCUACAAGGACACUUACAACACCCUCAAAUAUGCUGACCGGGCCAAAGAGAUCAGACUCACCCUGAAGAGCAACGUGGUCAGUCUGGACUGUCACAUCAGCCAGUAUGCCACUGUCUGCCAGCAGCUCCAGGCUGAGGUGGCCUCCCUAAGGAAGAAGCUUCAAGCCUAUGAGGCAGGAGCCCAGGCCCCACAGCAGGGCCUCCCACAGCCCCCCAAGUUGAGCCCUCAACAGCAACACCUUCCUAGCUCCCCUUUACUGUCCCUUCCCCGCAGCCAGCCCUGGACCCCAAAACUCCACAUGGGUUCUGGAGAUCUUCAAGCGGGGAACCUGGGGACAGAGGCCCAGGAACAGAGGGUCAUAGAAGAAAGCUCUUUAGACCAGGAGAAGAUCCCAGAGGAUAAGGACGAAGACCCUACUGAGGUUCCAACCCAGACACUGGAGCAGAACCUCAGACCCCCACUGUCAGAGUCUGCUGGUCUGACCCUGCAGCCUAAGCCAGUGGCCAGCCACCUAUCACCACAGAACCUGGAUGGGGAUCGUUAUAAACACUUGGCCCUGCAGGUGCUGUGCCUGGCCCAGAAACAGUAUUCCCUGCUGCAGGCAGCCAACCUCCUGACCCCUGACAUGAUUACUGAGUUCGAGACCAUGCAGCAGCUGGUGCAAGAAGAGAAAGCCGAGCCUGGAGACAAGACCUCCAGGACUCCUGGCCGGGCUGGGCGGGCCUCUCUGACCCAGGAGCUGUGUUCAGCCUCAAAGUCUCCAGGGUACUGUGGCCCUGUGACCAAACAAUGGCAAGAAGAUUGAGUGGCCUCAUGCACACUCUGGGGAUCCCACCUGAGCCUGAUUGCACCCCAGCCUCAGCAUCCCGAUAGCCCACAGAGAAGAAGAAGAGAAAGAGCACAAGCCUCCCAGAGCCAGACAGUCCCCUAGCCCCAAAGCUGCCGACCAAGCGCCAGUGCCAGUGUACAUGUUCAUUUAUGCAUCCUGACCUAUCUCCACAUUUGUACACUGAAGAUGCAACAUCUUGAUUAAUUUGCUUAAGGAAUGUUCCUCAAAUUACACCAUUUUAAAAUGUUUUGGCCAUUGCCAUGCUCUUGAUUGAAAAAUGAGAAAAUCCUUGAAGAAUGAAUACCUGGAGAAGAAGAACAGCAUGAAGACUCAAGGCAACGUGAUGAGAAAGACAUUUUUCUGUCCUCUAGAACAAUCAGAAAAAUGUUUCAUUUUCAUUUUUCAUUUGUCUUGGGUGAGAGAAAGACUAAGAACUUUUGGUUGGUGUCUGAAAGAAUUAUUUCUUAUUUGAUCUCCAGAAUCCUUUGACUGGAAAGUGACCCACGAGGAAUCAAAUCAAUGGAGAAAUAUGAAAAUCUGGAUUUGGAAUAUUUGUUGAGCAGAGCCUUUAGUAGAUCAAUUCCACCAACACACCCGACUUCCUCAAUGUUUCUUCCCUUUGUCUACAUCCACGUAAUAUUUAAUGAUUUAUCACCACCAGUAAAGUCAUUUAAGCAACAAAAAAUGUUCAAAUAUUAUGUAUCAAUAAAAAGGAAAUUGUAAAAAUUUGAUUCAA